AUGUCUCAGUCCUCGAGUAUAGUAGGUGUACACUACAAAGUAGGAAAGAAGAUUGGAGAGGGCUCGUUUGGUAUAAUAUUUGAAGGUAUCAACAUAUUGAAUAACCAGCAAGUGGCAAUCAAGUUUGAGCCUCGCAAAUGCGAAGCACCACAAUUGAGAGACGAGUACAGAGCAUACCGUAUAUUGAGUCAUACUGUAGGUAUACCACAAGCGUAUUUUUUCGGUCAAGAAGGUGUUCAUUCUAUUUUAAUUAUUGAUCUAUUAGGGCCCUCGUUAGAAGACUUGUUUGAUUGGUGCCAUCGCAAAUUCAGUGUAAGCACAGUUUUGCAAGUGGCAAAGCAAAUGAUCCGAAGAGUCGAAUCUAUACAUGAGCACAAUUUAAUCUACCGAGACAUAAAGCCAGACAAUUUUCUUAUAGGGCGACCAGAUUCACUAGAUGCAAACCAAAUCUUUGUUGUUGAUUUUGGCAUGGCUAAACAAUAUAGAGAUCCGAAAACUAAAAACCAUAUACCUUAUAGAGAGAAAAAAGCAUUGAGCGGAACAGCUAGAUACAUGUCAAUAAACACUCAUUUGGGAAGAGAACAGCUGAGACGUGAUGAUUUGGAGAGUCUAGGACAUGUUUUUAUGUAUUUCCUAAGAGGAUCCUUGCCUUGGCAAGGUUUGAAAGCUCCAACAAACAAACAAAAGUACGAAAAAAUUGGAAUGAAGAAGCAAACAACUUCUAUAAAUGAACUAUGUUACGGAUUCCCCAUUCAGUUUGCACAGUAUUUAACAUAUGUGCGAAGUUUAAAAUUUGAUGAAACCCCUGAUUACAAUUACCUUAUUGGUUUAAUGGAUAAGGCUUUAAUUUCAUUGGGCAAUGAGGGUAUUGGUCGUUACGAUUGGGAGGAUUUGAACAAUGGUCGGGGUUGGGAUGCUUCAUUGAAUAAGAAGGCUAAUUUGCAUGGAUAUGGGAACCCGCAUCCACCCAGAAAAUCGCAUCAAGUGCAACAUCAACAUCAACAACAGCAACAGCAACAGCAACAGCAACAGCAGCAACAACAGCAACAACAAAAACAGAUGCAACUACUGCAACAUCCACUUUUGGGCCGUGGGCUGGAUCAAAAUAUUUCUUUUUUCAAGUACAAGAAAUAUGGCUAUCAGGCAAUACAACAACAACAACAACAACAAGAUUCGAGAGCAAGCUCAAAUAAAAUACUGCAAUCAGUAUUAGCAAUACACCAUGGGAGUCAAAAUCGAUAUGAAGAAGGUAGGAAUGCUAGUAAUAAUUUUAUUCAGAAUAAUGCAGGAGGAGGUAGAGACGAAGAUUUACAUUCUGAUACUUCUAGUUUUAAUAGAAAAAAGAGCCGGUCUUGCUUUUUCUGUUGUUUUUGA